GAGAGAAUCAAUGGUUGCGUGUUGCAAGUGCGAGACGCGGGAGUUUCUCUCCCAGCUUUCUUCCUCUUUCCGAGCCAAACCCCUAACCCUAGAUUCCGACCAUGUCGUCCAAGCAAGGUGGCAAAUUGAAGCCUUUGAAGCAACCCAAAUCCGAUAGGAAAGAAUACGACGAGCAUGAUUUAGCUAACUUGCAGAAAAAGAAGGAAGAGGAAAAGGCACUUAAAGAGCUAAGGGCAGAAGCAUCACAAAGGGGUUCGUUUGGAGGGGCUGGUCUGAAGAAGAGUGGGAAGAAAUGAGCCUUUGAACUCCAGUCGUGGCUAGAAUCGUGUGUCCAGUUUCUCUCCCAGCUUUCUUCCUCUUUCCGAGCCAAACCUCUAACCCAAGAUUCCGACCAUGUCGUCCAAGCAGGGUGGCAAAUUGAAGCCUUUGAAGCAACCCAAAUCUGAUAAGAAAGAAUACGACGAGCAUGAUUUAGCUAAUUUGCAGAAAAAGAAGGAAGAGGAAAAGGCACUUAGCUAAGGGCAAAAGCAUCAAAAAAGGGUUCGUUUGGAGGGGCUGGUCUGAAGAAGAGUGGGAAGAAAUGAGCCUUUGAACUCUUGUUGUGGCUAGAAUCGUGUGUUCAGGUUGCAAAUUCUAUCAUGGUGACAUCUUAUGUUUUAGUUUGAUGUUAUAAGACAUCGUUUGGGUUAUUGUGUGGUCUAGUUCAAUGCCUGACUUUGCUACAGAGCUUUAAGUCAAAUGUUGUUGUGUGAAACUCAAUAAAAUUUGUUUUUGUGC